AUGGAUAUAGCUUCAGUAUCAAAGACCGCAACGACGAUCUCGGUGGCACACAGCUUCCAUUCUGAGCGCUGCAUCACGAUCUUCAUCGCCUCCACUGCCGCGACCACAAUUAUCCUGAGGGCAGCUAUUGGAGCUCUACAAUCCAAGGCGAGCCUGUAUGGCAGACAACUUCGACUAAUUGCGUUCUGUUUUCGGUCUUUAGGUUCGAGCAUAUCGCAAUGUUAUGCCGGUGAACACGAUCUGUCACACUACGACAGUCACAACCCACCACUUCUUCCGACCGAUUGA